UGCCAUGCCAUUUCAAUCACAGCACCACCAUCGUAGCAAGCUUCAAGCCUGCAACACAAACUAGCUACUGACGGCAUGGCGACCUCGCCGAUGGCGGUGUUCACGUUCAUGGCUCUUGGGCUAGCAGCAGCACUCCUCUCCGCUGCUGGUCCGGCGGCCGCGCAGAACUGUGGCUGUCAGGCGGGCUUCUGCUGCAGCCAAUACGGUUACUGCGGCACCAAUUCAUCGUACUGCGGCGACGGGUGCCAGUCCGGCCCGUGCACCAGCGGCGGCGGAGGUGUGGGCAGCAUCGUCAGCGAUGCCUUCUUCAACGGAAUCAAGUCCCAGUCCGGCGGCGGCUGCGCAGGCCAGAGCUUCUACACCCGCCAGGCGUUCCUCAACGCCGUCGGCUCCUACUCCGGCUUUGCGUCCGGAAGCUCCGACGCCGCCAAGCGCGAGAUCGCCGCCUUCUUCGCCCACGUCACGCACGAGACCGGACACUUCUGCUACAUCGAGGAGAUCAACGGGGCGAACCAGAACUACUGCGACACCGGAUACCCGCAGUGGCCGUGCUCCUCGGGGGUGAAGUACUACGGCCGCGGGCCGCUGCAGCUCACGUGGAACUACAACUACGGGGCGGCGGGGCAGAGCAUCGGCUUCGACGGGCUGGGGAGCCCGCAGACGGUGGCGCAGGACCCCGUGCUGGCGUUCAAGACGGCGUUGUGGUACUGGAUGACCAACGUGCACGGGGUGCUGCCGCAGGGCUUCGGCGCCACCACCAGGGCCAUCAACGGCGCCGUGGAGUGCGACGGCAAGAACACCGCGCAGAUGAACGCAAGGGUGGGCUACUACCAGGACUACUGCCGCCAGCUCGGCGUCGACGCCGGGGGCAGCCUCACUUGCUAGACACGGGCUUGCAUGCAGGACUCGUGAGGAAUAACUUAUUUCCUGUGUCUAAUGGUCAU